AUGGCCCGUUCUUACCAAGAUAUUGUGCCUGAUUGCCAAUACGAAGAAGGAGAAGCCCAAGACGUUAUUGAAUUUCAACUCAAAGAUUUCAAAAAAGACCAGCUGAAAGUUCACUUCGGCAGUAACGGUGUCAUACUGGUUUCCGGUGAACGGCCCGUCGAAGGAGGUAAAUGGAUCCGGUUCCGGAAGGAAUUCGCCAUUCCCAAAGACUGUAAAGCAACCGAGAUCCGGGCAAGAUUCAGCUCCGGUUUUCUUUAUGUGACAAUACCGAAGAAGGCCGUUUCUUCGGAUGUUUCCCAACAGGGUCCACUUACACCGGUGCAGCAAGCGGCGACGGGGACCCCGUCGUCGCCUGUUCAAGACAAAGGAAAACUAAAGCAAGAGAACAGCGUUGGCCGAAGCGGAGAUGUUGACGACGAGUGUUCAGCCUGUUCUACGGCGGAAAAUGCUGUAUCGCCGACGCCUCGCCCCGAAUGGUCUAUUUGGAGGCUUAAGAUGGAGGGAAAAACAGCAGUGACGAGUGGCGCAAGUUUGGUGAUGGCGGCGGCGGGACUGAUGUUUGUUGUGCUAUAUUAUGCGUUCAAGUAUUAUGAUCCCGUGAACAAGACUGUUUAG